AUGUCUUCUUUUCUAUCGGAAACAUUGUCAAAUCCCCGGGUGCAGUUGCUUGCAACAGCUGCUGUAUCUGGUGUGACAGUUGCGGGACUGAUUUUGGGCUUUCAAGCCUUGGAAAGAGAAGAGAGGCUGUCCGAGCUGAAAAACUCCAUACCAAGACUGCCAAACAACGAAGAUGAUGGUUCUAAAAGAUUGAAUGGCUUUGGGAAUGCAUCAGAAACAGGAUUGGACCCCGAAGAUGCUCGCAAUAUCGCUCUCGCAAAACGUGCACAGGCUGGAGACUUUGAUGAAGAACUGAUCUUGGAGCAACUCGCCCGUAACCAAGUAUUCCUCACGCCUGAAGGCUUAAAGAAGCUGCGUGAUUCGUUUGUUAUAGUUGUAGGCUGUGGAGGAGUUGGUUCACAUGCAGCCGCAACUUUGGCACGAUCAGGAGUUUCCAACAUUCGACUUAUCGACUUUGAUCAAGUCACGCUCAGCUCAUUGAACCGACAUGCUGUUGCAACUCUAGCGGACGUGGGCACCCCCAAGGUACAAUGCCUCUACCGACGACUUAUUGCAAUCGCGCCCUGGAUCAAAUUCGAUCUUAAGCAGGAGAAGUUCGAUGAAUCAGUGGCUGAAACGAUGCUGGCACCGUGGGAAGGCCGCAAGCCGGACUUUAUUAUCGAUGCUAUUGACAACAUUGACACAAAGGUUGCUCUUCUGAAGUACUGUUACGAUAGGGACAUGCCUGUCAUUAGCUGUAUGGGAGCAGGCUGCAAAGGAGAUCCGACAAAGAUUGUGAUAGGCGAUAUUGGAACUAGCAAAGAUGAUGGACUAUCACGAGCUACGCGACGGCGGCUGAAGCUAUUAGGAGUUACCAGCGGCAUUCCCGUCGUUUACAGCACGGAGCAGUCCGGGGAGGGAAAAGCUGAGCUAUUGCCCCUACCCGAGGAAGAGUUCCAGAAAGGCUCUGUUGGAGACCUUGGAGUCAUGGCCAACUUUAGAGUGAGAAUUCUUCCUGUUCUCGGAACCAUGCCCGCAAUUUUUGGAUUAACUGCCGCCAACCACGUUAUUUUGAAGAUAACUGGAUACCCAGUUACUUAUGUUCCGGGCAAGGCCCGUGAACGAAUGUACGAAGGCAUUCUUACUUAUGUUCAAGGAUCGGAGGAGAAGCUGGGCCGCAUGUUUGUCCCUGGGUUGACUGGAUUGAAGAACCCACUGACUUUGGGCGACGUCGCCUUCAUGACUGAGGAGCUGUAUGGCGGGCGCAGCAUCCUCAGUGGUAUCCCCACGAAGCUUGUUCUUAUCAGGUGGAAGAAGCCGGUGACCUCCAGUGUGUCUCGGAUAGGAGAAGGCAAAGAUGAACAGAAGUGCUCCACGAUUCGGCUCCAGGAUUUGGUGUGUAUGACGAAGGAAGAGGCAACUAGGCACGAGAAGGAAAUCUUCAAGGCAGACAAAGCCUUGGAGGAGCUUUACGACGAUGAAACUAUAAAGAGGGUUGAGGCGAAGAUGAGGGAGGCUGAAAAGUACGAGUGGUGGCGCCAGUGA